UUCUCAGAGAGGUCUUCGAGAAAGCCAGCCCCGGUUAUAAAAGCCGCCAUCGGGCCACAGGACCCUCAGAAUACUCGAAGAACCUUCACCUGAACCAGGAGAGGUAUCGCAAAAGAGCGAGCAAGCAACCCUCAGCACAUUGAAACUCAUUCUUAAACUUUCAGCAAGUGGGCAAUCGUUUGCAUGGCUCUCUGCAUGCAAGAGGAGCAGGCAACUGACUGUGGAUUCUACUACAGAGCGGUGGAGAGGAAAAGAUGGCAGAUAGAGCACACUGCUGUGUGACCAGGAUGCCAGAGAACGCCAGCAUGCACACAGAGGAGGAGGUGGAGACCUUUGCCUUCCAGGCGGAGAUCGCCCAGCUGAUGUCCCUGAUCAUCAACACCUUCUACUCUAACAAAGAGAUCUUCCUCAGGGAGCUCAUCUCCAACUCCUCAGAUGCUCUGGACAAGAUCAGAUAUGAGAGCUUGACGGACCCCAGUAAACUGGAGUCCUGCAAGCAGCUGAAGAUUGAGAUCAUUCCUGACCAACUAAACCGCACACUGACCCUCAUCGACACUGGCAUUGGGAUGACCAAGGCCGACCUGAUCAACAACCUAGGCACCAUUGCCAAGUCAGGCACCAAGGCCUUCAUGGAGGCCCUGCAGGCUGGGGCUGAUAUCUCCAUGAUUGGCCAGUUCGGUGUGGGCUUCUACUCUGCCUACCUAGUGGCUGAGAAGGUGACUGUCAUCACCAAGCACAAUGAUGACGAACAGUACAUCUGGGAGUCUGCUGCUGGAGGCUCCUUCACUGUCAAACCAGACAAUGGUGAGCCUCUUGGCCGUGGUACUAAAGUCAUCCUGCAUCUCAAGGAAGAUCAGUCAGAGUACGUAGAAGAGAAACGCAUCAAAGAAAUUGUGAAGAAGCACUCCCAGUUCAUUGGCUACCCCAUCACCCUCUUUGUGGAGAAGCAGCGAGAGAAGGAGGUAGAUUUGGACGAGGGUGAAAAGGAAGAGGAGGCGGACAAGGACGCCGCAGCUGCAGACAAGGACAAGCCCAAGAUCGAGGACGUUGGCUCAGACGAGGACGAGGACACAAAAGAGGGGAAGAACAAGAGGAAGAAGAAGGUCAAGGAGAAGUACAUUGAUGCCCAGGAGCUGAACAAGACCAAGCCCAUCUGGACCCGAAACCCUGAUGACAUCACCAAUGAGGAGUACGGCGAGUUCUACAAGAGCCUGACCAACGACUGGGAGGACCACCUGGCUGUAAAGCACUUCUCAGUGGAGGGCCAGCUGGAGUUCCGUGCCCUGCUCUUCGUCCCCAGGAGGGCUUCUUUUGACCUGUUUGAGAGCAAGAAGAAGCGGAACAACAUCAAGCUGUACGUGCGCAGAGUCUUCAUCAUGGACAACUGUGAGGAGCUUAUGCCCGAGUAUCUGAACUUCAUCAAGGGCGUGGUGGACUCCGAGGACCUUCCCCUGAACAUCUCUAGAGAGAUGCUGCAGCAAAGCAAGAUCCUGAAGGUGAUCCGCAAGAACCUGGUGAAGAAGUGCCUGGAGCUCUUCACUGAGCUGUCCGAGGAUAAGGACAACUACAAAAAGUACUACGAGCAGUUCUCCAAGAACAUCAAGUUGGGCAUCCAUGAGGACUCUCAGAACCGUAAAAAGCUGUCUGAGCUGCUACGUUACUACACCUCCACCUCUUCAGAUGAAAUGGUAUCACUGAAGGACUAUGUGUCCCGCAUGAAGGAGAACCAGAAGCACAUCUACUACAUCACAGGGGAGACAAAGGAGCAGGUGGCUAACUCAGCUUUUGUGGAGCGCCUUCGUAAGGCUGGCCUGGAGGUGAUCUACAUGAUUGAGCCCAUUGAUGAGUACUGCGUACAGCAGCUGAAGGAGUUUGAUGGGAAGAACUUGGUGUCUGUGACCAAAGAGGGCCUGGAGCUGCCAGAGGAUGAGGAGGAGAAGAAGAAGCAGGAGGAGCUCAAGACUAAAUUUGAGAACCUCUGCAAGAUCAUGAAGGACAUCCUGGAUAAGAAGAUUGAGAAGGUCACAGUUUCCAACCGCCUGGUGUCUUCCCCCUGCUGCAUUGUCACCAGCACCUAUGGCUGGACCGCAAACAUGGAGAGGAUCAUGAAAUCUCAGGCCCUCAGAGACAACUCCACCAUGGGCUACAUGACUGCGAAGAAGCACCUGGAGAUCAACCCACAGCACCCAAUCGUUGAGAUGCUUAGAGUUAAGGCAGAAGCUGACAAGAAUGACAAGGCAGUGAAGGACCUGGUCAUCCUGCUCUUUGAGACCGCCCUGCUGUCCUCUGGCUUCACGCUGGAGGACCCCCAGACACACGCUAACCGCAUCUACAGGAUGAUUAAGCUUGGUCUAGGAAUUGAUGAUGAUGAUGCUAUAGUGGAGGAUAUCAUUCAGCCUUGCGAUGAGGACAUGCCUGUUUUGGAGGGUGAUGAUGACACAUCACGGAUGGAGGAAGUUGACUGAAAACACUCAGAAAGUAUUUUUUUUUUUUUUUUACUUUUUAGUUUGUGAAACUUUUUCUUGAACAUUCUUUUUUAUUUAUUUAAUUUACUGUCAAUAUCAAAGGACUAAAACAGAGAGAGUCUACAUGAUAAUUUGUUGUUAUUGUAAGAUAUUACUACUCUGUUUAGAUUUAAUGUGUUGGUUUGUAUUUUACCCUUACACAAUUUUGAGACACAUGCUACGACGCUAUAAAUGUCUAAGAAAGCAGUAACUGACUAAUAGGGAAUUGACCUACUUGACUUGUCAACAUUUUUUAAAUUGUGAAGCAUUUUUCUAUGCAAAUAUGUCAUGAGUAUUUAUAAUAAAUUAAUUUUAAAAUGAAA